UCGCGCACGUAACAUUGCUUGAUACUGUUCCCACACAUCGUUUUAUACAUUGAAUUACCUGUCUUUUUUUAUUGUGGAUAAUCUAUGUUUAAACCUGGGGGAGGAAUGUAGCAGCGACUGGUGUCUUGGUCUUUCUCUAAAGUUAUCCCUCAUAGUGGACGAGGUGCAUGUACUUAAAAAAUAAAAAAGACCAAACUGUUCAGAUUUUGGUAAGUGAAAAAUACCCACGUGAUUGAAAUGCCUCCCGUGUUAGCGCAGUUGUUAAAUGUUUGCAUAUCUUUAUAUAUGGUACUAAUAUCAUGAAGAUGAGUUGACUUUUUCAGUGAUUUGUUUUUGAGUGCCGUGAUUCUCGUUUAAAUAUACGGAUAUCAAGUUUGAAUAAGUUACUGUUUCUGUGUGGUUAAGGAUAUUUGAUGUAAAUGAUGCAUAUCUAAACUCUGCGUAACAGCUGAAUCAUAUCUUGUGCCAGAAUUUUGUGUUGUAUUCUGAAUAGCAGUUUCUAUCAGAACUGUGUCAUUGGAUAGUAAUCUAACGCCAGUUAUACCUGACUUGUAGUGUAAUCUAGUGCCGAAUAGCGCUGAAAUAAGAGCUACUGCCUUUGAACAUUGAAUGACAAUUAUCAAAAUUGUCCCGUGACACUGAAUGGCAGUUUUCUCCGAAACUUUGUCACAUUGAACAGUUAUCUGUGCUACAACUUUGUCAUAAACUCCCCGUAAUACUGGGUCAUAAUCUUGAAGAUUACGUCGCGUCAGAACUGGAUUGUUCGAGCCCUCUGGAUUAACGUGAAAUAACCUAUCGACCUCCAAGCCGGUGAAUUAGGUCAUCCUUUAUCGCAAAUGCAGUGAAAAGCGUGAUUUAAGACCCAUGGACCUGUUGUGCUCGGUCCAUGCCACGCUGCUUGUCAUUCGUCGCUGAAUGAUGAGGAUGGGCCAGGACCUGGGUGAAGAGGAGGAGGAUUCGGGAGGGGAGGCUGGUCAGCUCCACCUAACUGUCAACAUAUCCUAAAAAUUAUUGAUAACGUCCCAUAGAGGUAUCCAUCCAGGGGAAGAAGCUGUGUUUUAUUUGUUUUUGGCUGCUGUGUAAUUUCCCUCUAUUAGUGUUAUUGCAACGCUAUGGCCACUUACGAGGACCAGAGAAUACCAGGCAAUUUAAUUGAAGCCUCUCCAAAAGAGUCACUUUUGUCAUCUCACUCUGCAUACACACCCAGCACUGUUGGGCAGACCCCAGAUGUAAGGGAGGUAGAUUCUUAUGCUCGUGCUUCCUCUAAUCUCUCUGCUAGUCAGGGUAAGGAAUCUCUCCAAAGUAUGCAGUUGCUUCAUUCCAGGCAGUCAGCAACAGCGAGGGCUGGUAGUUCUAAGAAUUCAAAUCAUAGUAAAACGCCCUCCAGUGCUGUCAGGAGUCGUUUAUCUAAAUAUGCUAUGACGCCGUCAUUGACUGAAAACAGCAACAUUGGUUCCAAGGGAAAGCGCAAAAGCUCUGUAGAUGCCCGUCAGGUACAGGAGGCGUUGGAGUUACCCAGCGACAAGACCGAUUUCAUCAUCAGCCUGAAGAAGGAGUUGAAGAAGCACCAUAACAUUCCAGUCACUUUCAACAAGCUGGGUCUCUUUGAAGAGCUCAACAAGCUUCUGAGUGAUGACGUUUGGGAAAUCCGCAACGAGUGCACCUUGCUCAUCCGUGACCUCAUGCCGCUUCUCAAGAAUGACCUCGACUCCUGUUUGACCAUCGUGCUUCCUCACAUCAUCCCUAAUUUAAGCAGUAGUCGAGCAGCCAUUCUUCAGAAUUCCAGCGUCCAGCUUAUCAAGACCUAUGCUCUCAUGACCAAAGACAGGCACAAUUUUGUGGAGGAUUUGAUCUCCUUUGGCAUCCAGAACAAAAGCAACAGUGUCAGCAAGGGUACGAUCGAGAAUUUGCCCAAUAUUCUUAAUGACAGAUUUGCCGACGAGGAUCUCUCGUACCUGUCGGAGUGCCUUUUCAGGAAACUGCAUGAAGUUGACCUGAGGCCAUCUGUUCUUGUGUCUUUGAAGCAGUUGCAGUACCUCGUUGGUCAGGAAGAGUUCGAGCGGUAUGUGAAUCGCUUGACUCCACGGUCGAGACAGAGCGUCAAUCGUCUGUUUGAAAAAGCCGGUCUUAGUUCUGUCAGUUAUGAAACCAUUGCACACGAGGAGGAGGCCGUGGAUGCUGACGAUGAAAAUGAAGAUGAUGCUGAAGGUAAUGAUGUGGGGAAAGGUGAUGAAAAGGAUGAGAAAGAACAGAAUGCUGAUAGUGAAAACGUGGCUGGAGAUAUUGUUGAAAAACAUAGUGAAAACGUGGCUGGAGAUACUGUUGAAAAACAUGCUGAAGGUGUUAUGGAAAAAGACGAUAGAAACGAUGAAGAAGGUGAAAGCUAUAGAGGUGAAAAAGCAGACGAUGACAAUGAGGAGGGGAAUUUUGCCGACGUUGACGAUGACGACGAUGAGCAAGUUGUCGUGAGUAAGGACCAGGAAGACCCACAAAGACCGAAAGAAAAGGAAAGUGCCAUUCAAAGGCAGGACAGUCAGACUUGGGUCGAAUUCGGUGUCGUCGAUGGUUCUGUCAUGGAGAAGAUCAGGAAUGAGACAGAUUGGAAAACCCGGUCGGAAGGAUGCGAGAGGCUGAGAGAAUUGAUGAGAUCCGUCGAGGACAUCUCGCCUCUUCUGCCUCAUCUCCCCCACUUCCUGGCCCUCCUGGACUCCCUGGUCGACGACUACAACUUCAGGAUUUCCAUGACUGUGCUCGACAUCUUCAGGAUCCUCAUCGAGAAGUUGGACUUGAAGCUGCCCCAGUACCUAAAGCAGAUCGUCCACUCCGUCGUGAAACACGUCGGCGACUCGAAGGUGGUGGUGCGCAUCGAGAACAUGCGGGUGUUCCAGAAGCUCCUGCAGCAGGCGAAGCCGGCGGUCGUGAUGCCCAUCCUGUGUGACAACCUCGGCCCCAACAGGUCGUCGAGGGUGAGGGAAGACAACCUCAACCUCAUCAUCUACGCACUCAUGACUUUCCCCAGCUACGAAUUCGACCUCAACUACCUGGCGGAGACGGUCGGCCCCACUGUGGCCGAUCCCAAGAGGAGGGUGAGACAGGCCUCCCUCGAGUGCAUUUCGGCCAUUGCCCAGUUCCUUGGGCCUGCCAAACUGGGACCCCUCAUGGCGGCUGUCGACAGAGUGGAGGACGAAGAGGAGGCGGAUGGCGCCAUGGCCGCCGUGCAGGCCCGCCUCGCCCGAAGGAAGCUGCCCCGGGUGACGCCAGACGGCCUGAUCGAGCACUCCAUCACCAUCCCGCCCAACGCCAGGAGGACGAAGCUCUCUUUGCCCAAAGGUGCAGACAUAGACUGGGUUUUGGCCGGCGCUGGCAGUAACAGUGGGUCUGGGAGCAUCCUCUCUGCUGUAGCUGGCAGAGCGGGUACUGCGUCAGGUUCAGGGGGGCCGCUCUCCCUUUCUUCUUCCUUCACGGCUUCCGAUUCCCAGGUUCACACGCUGACCAGUUCCUAUCCGCUGUCCUCGCCCUUUGCCAACUCUAGGAUGGUUUUAGACGAAGGACUGAACAGAAAACGUUCCAUAUCUGAUGUAUCCUUAAAUAGAUCUUCCAGUAGGGCGGAUGAGCGAGGUUUGGCCUUGUGGACAGCUGACACGAUUGACCUCAGCCGGACUGCACCGUCUGACCUUGGUGCUUAUCGAGGGGUGUACCUGGGGAAGUUCCGGCAGGGGUCUUCCUACGCCAGGUCCAUCGCCGUCGACAAAGGGUUCGCCAUCCUCCCUAAUAAGUAUGCCAACAGUGCCAUAGGAAGCGCCCGAGGGGAACGGGUGGGAACGGCCGGAGCGGGCAGUCGGUCUCCUCUCCUGGUGUCUCCAACGCCGCAGAGGCGCAUCAAUGCUCUAGCUCCUCUCGAAGGAAGUGACGCCAUCAUCACCGUUUCGAGAGCGGGUUCAACUCGUAGUGUCAUCCCACCUCUUUCUGCAGUAUCGGGCAGGCGACAACAUCAAGGCGACCUCCAUUCGGACCCCGAAGAGGAGUUGGGCGAGGAUGAUGAAUUCGAAGAAGAGGGAAGGUCAGAGUAUUCUUACGAGUAUGAUGACGAUGAGGAAGAGGAGGAAGUGGAAGAAGUCCUGAUAGAAGACGACGCUGUCUCCCGUUCUUUGAAAAGCUCCGCUACGACUAGAGACAGCGGAAUAUCCGUUUUCUCUGCUUCGAACGAUGGAGAUAUCGUUACAGAAAACGGAAAACAGAGUAGCAGAAGGAGCAGCUCACGACCACAGCGCAGCUUGAAGUCCAAGGGAUCAACCGAUUCUUUGUCAUCGGAGGAGCCAGGACGGUCUUCUUACGACCAUGCGGGACGCAAGGCUGACCUGACCUCGCCCUCCACCCAUUCUCUUCCUAAUGAAAUCCUCAGACCCAAUGGCUUUGGGGUCGUCGGCAAAGGUUUCAGCGGGACACGCUCGCAGCUUUCAAAAUCCCGGGUUUCGUCUCGGCAAAGCCCAGGGUAUGAGAAGGACUUCCGGAAUUUCGACUACGAGAGCGACUUCGAGACGGACGAUGAAGAUCAUAACAUCACAAUAUCCAACACGACGCUCUCCAAGAUUAAGCUCUUGAAGAAGCAGAAGGAGAACAUGAAGGAAGUGGAGAGACGGAGGCAGGAGAGAGACAAGAAGAAGAUCCAAGAGGAAAGAGCGAGGAAGUACAGGCAGUUGGAACUCCAGCACAGUCAGAAUUCCCUGCAGCCAUCGAAGCCCUCCAGUGGUGACGCCCACUUAAUAGUGGGACCCAACGUAAGUUACAAGGGUCGAAGCCCGGCAGCUAGUCCUCUACACAGGUCUAGUCCUUCCCAAGAGGAAAGUGCACCCCGUCAGCCAUUUUCACGAGCUAUGCCUAAAAGUAAGAGUCACAAUACCAACCUAAACAAGACCCUUGGACCUCCAAGUAAGGAGAAGAGACACCGGUCUCUGGAGAGACGGAUCAGCCCUCAAACCACCAGAGAAACCUUCAGGACACCUCAGCUAGUCAGAAGAGGUCAGCCUCCUGGAGGAAGCACUGUCAAUAGCGGCCUUAAUAGUAGUUUAGGUAGCAGUAACGGCUCUAAUUCCCUUUCCCGUCGCAACUACAGACGUCCUACAGAAAGGAAAACCUACAAAGCUGCUGAAGUGCCGGAGAAGCGAGCAGCAAUUCAACCCACUCACAACCUGGGACCCCAAUCGGCCCCCGAGCGAAUAGCCCCAGUGGGGGGAAAUCAGCGUCCUCAGCUCAAGCAUCAUUUAGCUCCUCAGAUGAGCGCUGAAUCCAGAUCUUCUGAUGAUUUAAGCAUGAGCAUGGGAUCACUGGGCAUGAGAUCUGCAAAACCAGCCUCCUCUUGCUUCAAGAAUCACCUGGAACCAUUCCCAAAUCCACAAGAAGCACUGAAAAAUGCUCAGCAGCUUAUCAGUCAUGCAGAUUGGGAGAACCAGAUGGAAGGCAUCCAAGAUAUUGUUAGAUUAAAUGAACAUCACCCAGAAGUCCUUCAGAGAGAUUUGCAUAGUGUUAAUUUGGCACUUCUCAAACAAGCCAAAAAUCUUCGGUCACAAGUUUCUCGUGCCAGCAUGCAGGCUUUCACCAGGUUAUUUGAUAAUCUACAAAGAAAUAUGGAACCGGACGUAGACAAAAUCACAAAUGUACUCCUACACCGGUCAGCAGAUACAAACAAAUUCUUGCAGCUAGACAGUCAUCAUGCACUGGAUGCUAUUGUGGAAAACAUCUCCCCCAACAAAUCCAUUCCAGUCAUUAUCCAGGAGGGCAUUGGGCAUAAAAAUCCAGCGGUUCGUACAACAGUGGCAAGACUGCUAGCAUAUGAGGUAGAGCGUCUGGGUGCUAGCCGCAUCCUUUCUGGCCAGAAAGACAUCACAGAUCGACUUCUACCAGCUGCUACUAAACUAGCACAAGAGGGUAGCUUAGAAACAAGAAAGUAUGCGAAGCAAUUAUUCCAGAUGUUGAUCAGACAUGGAUCCUUUGAUGCUGCCCUCAAGAAACAUGUACCUGCUAGUGAAAUACGGAACAUUCAGAAAUUCUUGGAUAACUUAUCAGGAGAAGGACGUACUGUGCAGGAGUCGGCACGAUCCAAAUUCUCAGUUGGGGGCUCUCGUUUUACCCGGACCAUGUAAAGGAACCUGACAGUAUAUUGCUCAAUAUCACCAUCUCAGUGGGAGAGCAGAUGUUGAAUGCAAAGGAAACUACUUGGACUUGCAAAUGUAUGGUAAACAAUAUACCUGUAAAUAAAGAAAAAUUAUACAUUCUCAUUGGACUCAUUUCUGAAAAUGAAACUAGAAUGACUAGUUCUCAUGAUUUUAGAGUUCUGCAGUUCACCAUUAGAAACUCAUGAUAUUCAUGAUCCAUGGCGCAGUGUAUCCUUAAUAUAAAGGAAAUCCAUUACUUCAUCACUUUCAUCUUAGUUCAGAUGUGAAAGAAAUGUAAAUAGUAUUAUGGUAAGGGGAAGCUUUGACAAAGUUAACAAGGGCUAAAAAUUAUGUCAUAGGUUGUCUACAGUAUCUGUAUUAUUAGUUAAAAUUAAAUUAUAGUUAAACUUUUACUUCUAAUACUCCGGUUUCAUUUGAGAUGUGUUGAAUGUUCAUGUAAACCAGGAGUUUGGAAUAUUUUAUUGAAAUUUACAAAAGAAGUAAGUAGAAUAUUUAUUAUGUAAACAUACACCACAAAGUAUAUUUUUUAAUGUACUUCAGAAGAAAGUUUAGUUGGAAUGCAUUUAGCAUCCAAUUGUUGAUAUUAAUGUAGAUGCCAAACUUGUAAGAGUAAACAGUUUCAUCUUUUAGAUGAAUGUACUUUUGCUUAAUUAACAAAUAAAAACAAUUAUUUUUCCCCAUUUUUGCUGUAUACUAUUGUAAAGUGAUCAGAAUUACAUAUUUAUGAAAAAAUAUUUUUCAAAUGCUUGAAACUUGAAGUCAAAGCAAGAGAAAUUCCAGUAUUUGUGCUUUGAAAUUGUGUAACAAAAUUAAAUAUGUACAACUUUAUAAACUGAAGAUAUGGUACUAUCCUCUUUCCGUCCAGUAAUAAUCAACCUGCCCCCUUAAAUUCUUACUAAAGUUAACAGUUUAUCAAAACCAAUAAAUUUGUUAAGUGGUCCAGAAUACAGUCAACAUAGAUGUUAGUUGAAUGCUGUUUAAUAUGUCAAAUUAAUCCAUUUUUACCUUACAUGUAAUUCUAUCAUGUUUAUGAUUUGUAGUCUGUGAUAUCUACUGUCAGUUUUUUCAAUUGUUAUACUCUUGAUUGGACAUGCAGGUACAGGAAUGAGUAUUGUAUCAUCUACUGAAACAGGGUACAUUACUGAGCAAAAGGCUUGACUAGUGAUUAACAUCAUCUUCAGUCCUUAUUGGACUUUGUCCUUCAUCAGUUUUUAUUCUCUUGAAUGCCUUCGAGUGACCAUUAGUUUCUCAUUGUUUGUUACAAUAAUUCUGCAUUUUUCAUAAAGAAAUAAUACUUUGAUGUUUUACUUUGCAUCACACUGUAAGAAAAAUUCAUGAGUGGUAUCCAUAAUACAUAUAUACCAAGAAUAACAACAAAAAAUAUCAUCCAUAGUUCUGAUAUGAUUGAAUUUUUUUUAUACCCCAUACAAUUCUGAAGCAGUUGCCUUUAUUAUGGGGCAGUCUUUUCGAGUAAACAUGAUUAGUGAUCAUUAACCUUUUAAAAAAGAAAUUGCCAUUAAUGAAACUUCCAUGGUUCAACAUAAGUGUGGUAAAACAGUUUUCAGUGUUUAUAUAAUAUAUAAUAUAUACUACAUGUAUAUAUAUAAUAUACUAUUCUAUUCUUAUAAGGCAUUUUCCUUUACUUUCAAUGAAAAAAAGCUGCUUGCUUACAUGUCCAUAAAAAACUGACUUUCCUUGACUCAUAUAAUUGUACAAGAUGUACUUGAUACAUUUACAAACUUAUUUACUUAAAUUAAAAUUCUAUUUUUGUAUACAUCCACUAUAAAAAUCAUUAUCAGUUAUGUAUUUAAAAAAUAUAUAUAUUGGCUCACACUGUGCCAUAUAUUUAUUUUGUGAUUGGCUUGCGGUUGUCGUCAAAGAUGCAGCAAGUCUCAAGACUCUUGGAAAUUCUUCUCCAGAUUCAUAUUGUAAUUGAAUGAAACAGUUAAUCAUGGUGCAUUUUGUAGCAUUCACAAAUUGCACCAUUAAUAGAAGGAAUUUGGAGUAACUAAACAGUAAUUAUGAAACAUUUAGUUGAUUCUAAUGAAUAAUAAAAAAAUAUACAAUAAAUAAAACUGGAUGAUGACUUGUAUAUAUGCUGGUAAAUUUCACUGCUGUUUAUAAAAAAACAUUGAAAAUUUCAAUAUCUAUACUUUCAGCAAGUAAUAAGUGGAGGUUAUUAGAACCAAUGAAAUCAAAUUGUUUUCUCAGCUACUAGUGGUAUGUGAAGAGUAAAUUGACCUAUCUUGGUCCUUGGCAGAAAUGGUCUUUAUAAAACAGUGUACGUACUAGACUUUUAUACAUUUUGAAAUUGGCUGACCUUAUAAACUAACAUGGAAAAUUUUUUGUAGAAUUGAUGUUAAUAUGUAGAUAAUGUGCAGAUAACUGAAAUUUAUUAAUGUACAUAAUUUAAAUUGUAGAAAUUAUUUCUAACUCCUGUAAAGCUGCUUAUUUGAUUCUUUAGUAGUUAAGUGGACCUCUUAGUCCUCCUUUAGACAUCAAAGAUCCAGAUUAAAUGUCUAUCUUUUCAUUUCGUGUCACGUAAAAUAUACCAGCAUAGUUCCUUAGUAUAGUUAGUCACAAAUGUUACCAAAACAUUAGUGCUGUUUGCUGUAUUUACUGUAGAGAAUGCCAAGAUGCAGUUAAUGACUUAAUUUCACUGAUGCAAAAUAUUGGUGGUUGAUUAUUAAAUCAAGCAUUUGGGCUAACUCUACUGCUAUUAUUUUUAUCUUUGAGUCUGUCAUCUUUUCAUAAAAUACAUAUUGAAAAAUAUUGACAACUAUCGUAGUUAUGUUGUUCCAUAAAAUGUUAAUUCAGAGGCUUGUAUAUGAGUGUCUAGUAGAAGUGUAACCAUUAUCUAAA